UCCAAUCGAAGGACGUUAAAGAGUUUUACCAACGGUUGCGUAAGGAUAAUAAAACAGAAUGUCAAACGUUCUGAACACCAUCCUUGCUGUGGACAAGGAGCAGGAGCUGCUGCAGAGCUUUAUCCGCACAGGAGCGGCUGCGGAGGAAGAGUCACAAGACGAGGGCAAUCGACGCUCCAAGGGUCGGUCACACAAGCCACCCAUCUGGGAGAGGCGUGAGUCCACGGAAAGAGGUGGACGUGGCGGUGGUCGAGAUGGCAAACAGGCGGAUGACGGAGGAGCUGGUGGCGGAGCAGGUGGCGACGGUGCGGGCGGCAAGCGAGGCAAUCGCAUUGAGGCCGAAUUGAGGGCUGCCCGUAAAAAGAUCGAGGAACAGAUCGCCAAGAAAAAGAAACCCAAAGAGAACUUUGUCGACUUCUACACGGACAAGGAUCGGGCGGCUGCGGUCAGCGCUGGAGCUUUCGACAUCAAGCAGAGUCUGCAGAUCAAGCAGAAACAGGACCGCAACGAGGCACUGCUUAUCCCCGACGAGGCAGACAUCAGCUCGGUGAUCGCACUUGGACUCAAGGAGAUCAAGAACGCUAAUCCUGAAAAUGCCAUCCACUUUUUCUGCAAGGCCCUUGAGCUAAAUAGCACCGACAUCAACGCUUUGAUAUCGCGUAGCAAGUGCUACUUGUUGCUUGGCGAGGCUUCCAAGGCACUGCAGGAUGCAGAGACGGCUCUUGGAGAGGAUAAGAAUAACAUUCGAGCCAUCUACCAAAAGGCCGAAUCACUCUACUAUCUAGGUCAGUUCGAACAGAGCCUGAUGUUCUUCCAUCGCGGACUAAGAGCUCGUCCCGAACUGGCCCUAUUCCGGCUGGGCGUUCAGAAAACGCAAGAGGCUAUCGAGAACACGAUUGGCAGUAAGCCUGGCCCAGCGACGGCAGCACCAUCUGCAGUUCCGAAAAGCGGUAAGUCGCGAAAGUCCGGCGAAGAUACACCCAAGUCCCAGCCAGCAGGAACAACUGGGACCAGUGCUAGAGUACGCCAGAAACCCAGUCGAGCGGAUCUGGAGCGACGAAACGCUCGGAAGUUACUAGGAGAGCUGUGUGUAGACAAGGAGUACCUGGAAAAACUGUUGCUCCAUCCGGACUUGGUUCGUGCGGAUACCCACACGGAGAGCAUUUCCGCUUACGCCCGAGAAGCAGUGGAGUUCCUUAACAAACGACAGGAAUUCUGGCGGCAACAACGCCCCUGCACGGCGCUUCCCAAUCACAAGAACUUGCCACAUGACGCACUGCCCAAGUGGUUCUAGUUGAUUCGGUUAUCCAAUUCUUCCUGAUAUACCAACAUCCUGUGUUAAGUUUCUGUUUGAAUUCAGCUGAAAUUAAAUGAAAUAAAUGAAUUAAUCUGUUUGGAAGAUA